AGAAGAAAAAAGUGACGUACUUCCUAUAGCCCAGUCGCUCCCGGGUCAUGUUGGUGUUCUCGGAGAAGAAGAAAAUCAAACUUUAACCGACGUUCUUGAAGACAGGCAACGUCGAGGCGUGUGAGGCAACCCGGGAACACAGUUAGCCACAGCAAAGUGCCGAGUGACUUGUUAAACUUUGUUCAGCUAACAUUACAUAGUUGUCGGGUCAAGGUGUCUUAGGCGAUAACGCUAUGGCCAAGGUACAAGUCUUAAAUGUUGCUGUUCUGGACAACCCGAGCCCAUUUGGAAAUCCCUUUCAGUUUGAAAUAACUUUUGAAUGCAUGGAGGAUUUACCGGAAGAUCUGGAGUGGAAGAUCAUCUAUGUGGGAUCAGCUGAGAGUGAAGAAUACGACCAGGUUUUGGACUCUGUACUAGUUGGCCCGGUACCGGCUGGCAGACACAUGUUUGUGUUUCAAGCUGAUGCUCCUAACACAGGGCUGAUUCCAGAGAGUGAUGCUGUUGGAGUGACUGUAGUCCUUAUAACCUGCACUUACCGUGGACAGGAGUUUAUCCGCAUCGGUUACUAUGUCAACAAUGAAUACACAGACCCUGAACUACGGGAAAACCCACCUCUCAAACCAGACUACACUCAGCUUCUGCGGAAUAUUUUGGCGUCCAACCCCCGUGUCACCCGCUUUCAUAUCAACUGGGAGGGCUCGGCAGACAAGAUGGAGGACAGCGAGAAUGUUGACCCGUCCCCCAACAUUAGUGGCAUGCUCCCUCCCUCCUGUUUACCAGGAAAGAUGCCACCUCUUGGACUGAUGCCAGACAACUCCAUGGACUGCAUGUAAGAAUCAUCAGACUAGGAUAAUGGAUGACUUGGUCUUGUAUGGACACUCACCCACAUCGCAAACUUGACAUGGACAUUAACAGGAAACAGGGACAUGGCUUUUUUUUAAAAUACAAAAUACACACGUGGGAUGGAUCUGGAAUUGUUAAAAACUGGUUUUGUCUCUUGUGCACUCUCUUUCAACACCGACCCGCACAACCAACAUUGCCUUAUUUUACCAUAACUCUGAGCCAGAGAAUGGUUGAGUCAUAAGGGGGGGGGUGUUAGAUCACCUCAUCCUUGCAGCCCUUAUACUUGCAAGUCAUGCUUAUACACUGACGUUGACCUGUUUGGUACCUGUUCUGUGCUGUUUAUUUUGUCCUUUUGAGCACAGAUCAAAGCAAUGGGGAGUGCUCAGCAUGUCUGAAUAGAUGUAGUGCUAGUUGCCC